CAAGGAAACUGUUGGUCGGCUUUAUUUUUGGGUUUUUUUGGACUGCAACCCUGCGCCCCGGAACCGGACAGUAUCGGAUCCACCUGUCUUGAGGAUUUAAAAAUUAUUAUAACAAUAAGUACUCUUAUUUCUCCCUUGACUUGGAGACGUUGUUGGAAACUGUGAAGGAUUUAAUCUCCGAUUUUUAACAUUAUUAUUAUUAUUGAAAAGGAGCCUAUUUUUAAGUCUAUAUUUUUAAAAUUUCCACCCUCUCUUCAAUAUCCCCGUUCAUUCCUCCCCUCCUCUUUCUGAGGGGGAGUAAACAAGAGCCACGAGGAGCAAAAGGAAUAUGAGGGUUUCGUGGUUCACUUUCGCCUUCCUUUGGGGGACUUUCUGUACACGGCCAGGCCAUGGUGAGGCAGAGACGAGGGAAUGCAUCUAUUACAACGCCAACUGGGAACUGGAAAAGACUAACCAGAGCGGGGUAGAGCGCUGUGAAGGAGAGAAGGACAAGCGCCUCCAUUGCUACGCCUCCUGGAGAAACAACUCUGGCUCCAUCGAACUGGUGAAGAAAGGUUGCUGGCUCGAUGAUUUCAACUGCUACGACAGGCAGGAGUGUGUGGCCACAGAAGAGAGUCCACAAGUGUUUUUCUGCUGCUGCGAGGGAAACUACUGCAAUGAGAAAUUCACUCACUUACCCGAAGUUACUGGCCCAGAAGUGGUCUACGAGCCGCCGCCACCAACUGCCUCGCUGCUCAACAUUCUGGUUUAUUCCCUGCUUCCAAUUAUUGCCCUCUCCAUUGCCAUCCUCCUGGCCUUCUGGAUGUACCGUCAUCGCAAACCACCGUACGGACAUGUCGACAUCAGCGAGGUAUGCAUGGAUCCAGGUCUGCCACCCCCUUCUCCAUUGGUUGGACUAAAGCCGUUGCAGUUGCUGGAGAUCAAGGCCAGGGGGCGGUUUGGCUGUGUCUGGAAAGCUCAGCUAGUGAACGACUAUGUAGCAGUGAAAAUCUUCCCCAUACAGGAUAAACAAUCCUGGCAAAGUGAGAGGGAGAUUUUCAACACCCCAGGAAUGAAGCAUGAAAACCUUUUGCAGUUUAUUGCCGCAGAGAAGCGAGGAACAAACCUGGAGGCGGAACUGUGGCUGAUCACAGCUUUCCAUGACAAGGGUUCUCUAACGGAUUACCUAAAGGGGAACAUUAUUAGUUGGAAUGAACUCUGUCAUGUGGCGGAAACAAUGGCUCAUGGACUCUCCUACCUGCAUGAAGAUGUCCCUUGGUGUAAAGGUGAAGGACACAAGCCUGCUAUAGCACACAGGGACUUCAAAAGCAAAAAUGUAUUGCUGAAGAGUGACUUGACAGCCGUGCUAGCUGACUUUGGACUGGCAGUACGGUUUGAACCUGGAAAACCUCCAGGAGAUACCCAUGGACAGGUGGGAACAAGGAGAUACAUGGCUCCCGAGGUGUUAGAGGGAGCAAUAAACUUUCAGAGAGACGCCUUCCUAAGAAUAGACAUGUAUGCGAUGGGGCUAGUAUUGUGGGAAUUGGUCUCCCGAUGCAGAGCAGCUGAUGGUCCAGUGGAUGAGUACAUGCUGCCAUUUGAAGAAGAGAUUGGCCAGCAUCCAUCCCUCGAGGACCUACAAGAGGUGGUGGUUCACAAGAAGAUGCGCCCUGCAUUCAAGGAUCAGUGGCUUAAACAUCCUGGUUUGGCGCAACUUUGUGUCACGAUUGAAGAAUGCUGGGACCAUGAUGCAGAGGCACGCCUGUCGGCAGGUUGUGUGGAGGAACGUAUUUCUCAGAUACGCAAGUUGGUAAACGGAACUACCUCGGACUGCCUCGUUUCCAUCGUGACCUCUGUCACCAAUGUGGACUUGCUGCCCAAAGAAUCAAGUAUCUAAAUCCUGGUUCACUUUCUUUUUCUUUUUGGUCUUUCCAGACUCAGUGGAUUUAAAGAAAAGAAAGACGUUAAACCACAAAUCCAACACACACACAUACACACACACACACACAAUGAAUGCAGCUGCUAUUUUAAUCUUGACUUUUUUAUUGUUAUUAUUGUUGUUAUUAUUAUUGUUAUUAUUGUUAUUAUUAUUUUGAUUGGAUCAAUCUUACCAGCACAUUGCUCUACUGUAUUAAAAAGAAAAAAAAAGAAAGAGAGGACAUCUCAGCAAGCAUUCGGGUGCCGACUAAUGAAUGCAGACACGGUGCAGGUACCUCAAAACCUCAAUGGACUCACUUUGUUUCCCUUUUGAUCCUGUUUUCUGGGUUUUCUCUUUUGCCAGUCUGUCUUUUUACACAGAGCAUCAGUGGUAUCAAGAAAACAACCUUCUCAUCUGCAAGACAUGCUGCAAACUUAAGACUGUUACAUAAGAUCACACCUCAAAACGGACUUUUCUCCCAACUUUUCCUUUUCUUUUUUCUUUUCUAUUUUAGACAGUGAGCUUAAAAAAAAGCAGAUGUGUCUUUUACGGGUCUAACGGGUUUUGCCGUAACAUGGGGGAGGGGGGAGGGGGGAGAAACUGAGAAGAGAAUGUUAACUCUUUGAUGGUAGAAUUGAAAGUGAAAGUUUUAGUAAUAGGGCUGGGGAGAAAGAGACGUUGGACUUUUGCAGCAUUUGGAAAACAUCUGCUAUGGAGCUACUUCUCAGGUAAACAGUUAAUGAGAGGAAGGGCAAGUUUUGAGGCAGAGUAUUAAACUGCUGUGGAGUACAGAGAAAGUUGGGUCACAAAGAAUCACUGGUAGAAAUGGGUUCUUUAAUAUCUCAGGCUUCAGUAGUGUUAAAAAGAAAAGAAAACCCUUAUAUUAUAUUUAUAAGUUCAGAGAAUGAGGUGUUGAGACCGAAUUACUGCAGUUUUCCCACAAGGUGUCUGACAGAGCGGUGUUAAAAUUCCAAGAUUCAAUUUUCUAAAAGUGUAAUAAAAAUAUAAAAGAAAACAAAUAAAGAAGCUAAACAAAAAAGUUCAGUAAUGCCUGCAACUAGAUAUUAGCAUGCAAUAUGGAAGACAAUUUAGGCUGUGUGCAAAAGCACACUUUCAUAUUUGUCUCAUUAAAAUCAGUAGAGCUUACUUCCAAGAAAAUGUGAUCAAGAGUCAUUACUGGUAAAAUUCUAUCUAUUUUAAAAUUACUGCAAUUCACCCUUAGAUACUGAUACAUCCACACUUCCAGGGAAAUGUGCUUAAAGCAUGUCUUUGUGAAAAUUUAAAUCAGUUUCAAACCUGUUUAGUUGCUGUGACUACCACCAUAGAAUUUCAGGAAUUGUAGAGGAAUUGUUAUUGUUUUCCAUUAAUAAAAAGGGGUAUAAAUGCCUUUACACAACUUUCACCAGAGAUUUUUGGUGAA